UUCUACUCUGGGCACCGAUCCCCUCACAUUCCAUAUAGGUUAUUGCACCUGGUAUGGACGCACGCACGACAUUUAGCAGGGUACGAGCAGCAGGACGCACACGAGUUCCUCAUUGCUGCACUGGAUGUGCUACAUCGACACUGCAAAGGUGACGAUAAUGGGAAGAAAGCCAGCAAUCCCAACCACUGUAACUGUAUCAUAGACCAAAUCUUCACAGGUGGACUACAGUCUGAUGUCACGUGUCAGGUCUGCCAGUUUACAAGGCCAGAACAUCUAGGAAGCAGUGCCAAAAUCAAAUGUAGUGGUUGCCACAGCUACCAAGAAUCUACAAAACAGCUCACUAUGAAAAAACUACCCAUUGUGGCUUGUUUUCAUCUCAAACGGUUUGAACACUCGGCCAAACUGAGGCGGAAGAUCACUACGUAUGUUUCCUUUCCACUAGAGCUGGACAUGACACCUUUCAUGGCCUCUAGUAAAGAGAGCAGAAUGAAUGGGCAGUACCAGCAACCAGCAGAUAGUCUAAACAGUGAUAAUAAGUAUUCCUUGUUUGCAGUAGUUAACCAUCAAGGAACCCUGGAGAGCGGGCAUUAUACCAGCUUUAUUCGGCAACACAGAGACCAGUGGUUCAAGUGUGACGAUGCCAUCAUCACCAAGGCUAGCAUUAAGGAUGUACUAGACAGCGAAGGAUACUUGCUGUUCUAUCACAAACAGUUCCUGGAGUACGAGUAACCCUGCUCGGCAGCUGACGCGAAAAGACAAAAAAAGAGGAAAGGAAGCGAAAGGAGUGGUGGACUUCCGAUAAAACACACAACACUACCUGAAAUGAAAAAAAAGACACCCAUUCGACAACUGGCCCCGAGCUGCGACAGGACCUGCUUGCCAUCGGCUCACCGCCUAGAGGAGUUUAAAAAAAAAAACAAAAAAACUAAACGAACUCUCUUCCUCGUGUUCGCGGUCCUGCGAGGACAGAAGAAGGGGGGGUGACCCCCCAACAGAGGCUCCCGUCAGUGACUUUGAGCAAAGAAAUAGGAUAAGCGCGCAAAGGUUGCCCUGGAUGGGGGACACAAGAGGGGAGCCGAGGAGUCCACGCGCUGCAGAUUCUCCCGCCGUUCCUCCGAGACGCGCGUGGGAAGGCCCCGGGGUGUGCGCGCGUGCGUGCGUGUGUGUG